GGGGGAGAGAGGAGGAGAAAGGCAGCUUACACACGCCUUCCAGUCCCUCCACUCAGAGCAGCCCGAAGACCGCUGCCGCCGCCGCCGCGUUCGCUGCUACCGCUCUGCCACCUGAGGAGACCGCCUGGACUCGCCUCCCCUGUUGCCCUCGGCGAUUCCUUCCGAGCACCGGGCUUUUUACGCACACUGCCACUACCAUUAUUACUGUUAUCCCAAGAGAAGGAGAAUAACAGACCAGCCUAAAAGAACCACGUACACCUUUCCGAAAUACUCAAGUGUCUCCGGGGAAGAGAGGGUCGUCGGUGCCGGGAGGAGCAGCCCAGGGGCUAAGGACAGGUGCUGAAGGGGAGGGAGGAAGAGUUGGGGCACUGCGUGGUGGAAAGUUGCUCGCGGCGGAGAUCUGAAGGUCCGGCGCCCCACAGCCCAGGGGGGCGGUGUGUCUGGGAGAAGCCGCUGCCCCUGCGUUCGGACCUGCGAGCUCGCGGGCAGCGCGGGGCCGAGGACGACGCCCCCUCCUGCGGCGCGGACUCUGUCGGUGGCCCCUGAGGAGGAGGAGGAGGAAUAUGGAAUCGAAGGCGGGCCCCUCCUGCCGUCUAGUCUUCUGCCUCUUGAUCGCCGCCGCGGUUCUCAGGCCAGGCCUUGGAUGGUAUACUGUAAACUCAGCAUAUGGAGAUACCAUUAUCAUGCCUUGCCGACUCGAUGUACCUCAGAAUCUCAUGUUUGGCAAAUGGAAAUAUGAAAAGCCCGAUGGCUCCCCAGUAUUUAUUGCCUUCAGGUCCUCUACAAAGAAAAGUGUGCAGUACGACGAUGUACCAGAAUACAGAGACAGAUUGAGCCUCUCAGAAAACUACACUUUGUCUAUCAGUAAUGCAAGGAUCAGUGAUGAAAAGAGAUUUGUGUGCAUGCUAGUAACUGAGGACAACGUGUUUGAGGCACCUACAAUAGUCAAGGUGUUCAAGCAACCAUCCAAACCUGAAAUUGUAAGCCAAGCGCCUUUUCUUGAAACAGAGCAGCUAAAAAAGUUGGGAGACUGCAUUUCAAAAGACAGUUACCCAGAUGGCAACAUCACGUGGUAUAGGAAUGGAAAAGUGCUGCAACCCCUUGAAGGAGUGGUGGUCUUAAUUUUUAAAAAGCAAAUGGACCCGGUAACUCAGCUCUAUACCAUGACUUCAUCCCUGGAGUACAAGGCAACCAAGGCUGACAUACAGAUGCCAUUUACCUGCUCUGUGAUGUAUUAUGGACCAUCUGGUCAGAAAACACUUCAGUCUGAACAAGUAAUCUUUGAUAUUUACUAUCCUACUGAGCAAGUGACAAUACAAGUGUUGCCAUCAAAAAAUGCCAUCAAAGAAGGGGAUAACAUCACUCUUAAGUGUUUGGGAAAUGGUAACCCUCCUCCUGAGGAAUUUUUGUUUUACUUACCCGGACAGCCUGAAGGAAUAAGAAGCUCAAAUACUUACACGUUGACAGAUGUGAGGCGCAAUGCAACAGGAGACUACAGAUGCUCCCUGAUAGACAAAAAAAGCAUGAUUGCUUCAACAGCCGUCACCGUUCACUAUUUGGAUUUGUCCUUAAACCCAAGUGGGGAAGUGACCAAGCAGAUUGGCGAUGCCUUGCCUGUGUCAUGCACAAUAUCUGCUAGUAGGAAUGCAACUGUGGUGUGGAUGAAAGACAACAUCAGGCUUCGAUCAAGCCCAUCAUUUUCUAGUCUCCAUUAUCAGGAUGCUGGAAACUAUGUCUGUGAAACUGCUCUGCAAGAGGUGGAAGGCCUAAAGAAAAGAGAGUCGUUGACACUCAUAGUAGAAGGAAAACCUCAAAUCAAAAUGACAAAGAAAACUGAUCCCAGUGGACUGUCUAAAACAAUAAUCUGCCAUGUGGAAGGUUUUCCGAAGCCAGCUAUACAGUGGACAAUUACCGGCAGCGGAAGCGUCAUAAACCAAACAGAGGAAUCUCCUUAUAUCAAUGGCAGGUAUUAUAGUAAAAUUAUCAUUUCCCCUGAAGAGAAUGUUACAUUAACUUGCACAGCAGAAAACCAGCUGGAGAGAACAGUAAACUCCUUGAAUGUCUCUGCUAUAAGUAUUCCAGAGCACGAUGAGGCAGACGAGAUAAGUGAUGAAAACAGAGAAAAGGUGAAUGACCAGGCAAAACUAAUUGUGGGAAUCGUCGUUGGUCUCCUCCUCGCUGCCCUAGUCGCUGGUGUUGUCUAUUGGCUGUACAUGAAGAAAUCAAAGACUGCAUCAAAACACGUUAACAAGGACCUUGGUAAUAUGGAGGAAAACAAAAAGUUAGAAGAAAACAAUCACAAAACAGAAGCCUAAGAGAGAAACUGUUCUAAUUGUUGUCCAG